AUGGACGACAUACCAUACAUAGAUGAUGAUGGUGCCAUAAAUGACUUCAAUUGCAUACCAGGUGACAUGAACUACGGUAGUAAAAAUGAUUACGACGGUAUUUGGAAUUUAUAGAAGCAAGAAGAGCCAAUGUUAAAAAAAUUAUUGUUCAUAAAAUUUAUAUGCAUUUUCCCUAGAGAUAUUGGGAAAUAAAAUUUAUUUUAAUUUUUUUUUUUUUGAUAUUGGCACUUUUGGCACCCAGCAACAAACACGAGUAUCCUUUUAUGUUAUCCAAUUGCUGAUAAUUUUGUCGUUAUUUAUUAAUUUUAUUCAAUCGGGUUUGGUGCGAGGGCAACACAUUUGUAAACAAAUAUAAAGUCUUUAUAUUCCUCACACUAUUGGACAAAAAUAAAUAUAAAAUAUAUUAUGUCUCUGNAGGAUCGAAAGUUUUAGCGUAAUACUUUUAGAAAGUAAAUCAAAUAUGCAACAUAAACUAUACUUUCUAAAUUUUUCCAUUUCAUCUAUUUUUUUAGUAGAAAACGUAGUUCGUAUUUGAAUUAAAUAAUGAAAUCCUAAAAUUGUAUGUUUUCCUACGUUUUUUUUCCCAAUUGAGUGUUUUAUAUGAUACCAUAAUACUUUACUAUAUACAGAGUGAUUCAUUAAACCCUGCUCAUCAAAACUCUUGGGAAAAAGUACUAUUAGUAUUUAAUAAUUAACUAUUGUAAUAAGUAGUUUUUUAGUGGUGAACUAUUUAAUAACGUAUAGUAUACUAUUACAAUAAGAAGGUUUGGUUUAUCGUUGUUAACAGGUAUUCAUUAUAUCAAGUAUUGUGUCUCCCAAAAGACAUUAGGCGUUGGUAAGGUUAGGAAAUUCCGUUCAUCUUAAAUUUAAUGUUAUGUUUUAUGAUUGUAUUUAAUAAAUACUGCAAAAUAAAGAUCGCUUAAUUUAUUAAAAAAUAAAAAUAACAUAUUUAAAUUUAAAAUGCUCUAAUAAAAUAAUUGCAUUUAUUCUGUGGUAUACCAUACGUAUACCACAUAUAUACCACGUAUAUUCAAUAUUAAUUUAUCCAAUACGAAAUGUAUAUAUUUUAUAAAUUAUGUAAAAAAAAGUGCGGUCAUUUUUAAAAUUAAACGACUAACACAGUGUUAAAAAGAUCUGUCAACAUACAAUAAUUAAAAAUAUGAACUAAAAAUACAGUACUGACCUCGAUAACAUACAAGGGGGUGCUGUGUAUAAAUAUUGAUAAACGAUUUAUUUAUCGGAAUGCAUAGACAGCUUGAUACAUCAAGCAGCGGAAAUUAAAAGACUACAAGUGCUACUGCCACAGAAUGCGUAUACUUUAUUAACAAUGUUAUGAAAUAACUUAAAUCUAAGGAAGCAAAACAGAAAAAUGGUAUACAAUUUACUUAUAACAAUUGUUUUAUGAAACAUAUUUCACUAACUUGAAAAGUUCAUUAUUUGGUUCAUUCAGAUUCAUUCAAUUACUUUCAUAAAAACAAAUUCUGUUAUGUUACAUUAAUCGAUACAAUGUAGCACGAAAAGUGUAUCUGAAGAGUGAAUAAAAGGUUGUGAAUAUUAGUUCCGAAAAUCACAAGUGAACUCACCUAACUCGAUAAUAAUUGCCUAUGUAAUUUUCCUGUUUAAUCUAUUUUUUUUCGUAGUGGAAAUACCUGUCAAGACAGGAGUUGAUAUGGAGAAGAAGCCGUCACAUGAACAAUUGAAAUUACAAGGUGAAUUAAACUCUAUAAUAUAAAAACUAUAUUGCAUAUAAAGGUGUCCCAAAAAGAUAUACCAAUUGUAAUAUCUCCGGAGAAAUUUUAAAUUACUCAAUUGGAUGAAGACUACAAAUAUUAUGUUGCAGUUCAUUUUUUAUGUUUCAGUAAACAUAAAACAAAAUAACGUUUUAUUUUUUUUAAAAUUUGAUGAAAAAAGAAUAAAGAUAUUUUGACAAAUAGAGUUUGUCAGUGAAAGAGUUCAGAAAAAAUUAACUAUACUGUAAUCGUAUUCUUUAAUUUAUUUUUAAUAUUACAAUUAAUCGACUGUUAACUUCAUUAACUGACAUUCAAUUUUUUUUUAAAAAACCGAGAACUUAAUGAAAAAAAAAUGUUGAUACGUCAAAAUUUUCGUAAGAAUAAACUCUGUAAAAAUAGAUUUCUUCAAUUUUUUUAAAAAUAAUAAUAUAAAAAGUUAAGUUUUUAAAUUUUGUGCUAAAACAUAAAUAUUUAUUGAUAUAUAAUAUUAAAUUAUAAAAAUUGAAACAAAGUCUUUAUUCCGAUGAGUAAUAUAUAAAAUACAGAAUGUGAUUAUCUUGAUUAUGUACGGAAAAAAUUAUUUGGAUACACUGUGGUUGCGGAUUUUUGAAUGGUGACAAUUCAUAUAUUUUGAACAUAAAAAUUGCUUAAUUUCUUAUUUCAGUCUUAAUUUAUACUUACAGAAUUAGUGUGCACAGAUAACGGGAAUUAUAUGAAGACACAUCUGAAAUAUGAAUCGAAAAUUUGUAAAGAAAUUACAGGGAUGAUAGGCACUCCAAUGGAAAACAAUAUCCUGAUAUCUCCUUUAGAUAAACAUGUUUUCGACACUCAAGAUAAACAUAAAGGUAAUCCAAAAUAACACUGUAUUAACAACUUAAUUUUAAAUUAAAAAUGUGUUAUUUUUUUCAAUUUAAUACAAUUNUUGUAAAGAAAUUACAGGGAUGAUAGGCACUCCAAUGGAAAACAAUAUCCUAAAAUCUCCUUUAGAUAAACCUGUUUUCGACACUCAAGAUAAACAUAAAG